AACUUUGUAGGUAGGAAGAUUGGACAAAGUCCAAACUUAUAAUUGUACAUGCCACUGUAGUGAUAUCAAAGAGCCUACGAAUAUAGGCUAGGUGCAGAGCUGUUUUGAGAAUCGUAACAGUUAAAAGUAAUGGCUUGUGAUUCAAGAAGCUUCCAUUUUGUGUUGGUCCAUGGAUCUUGCUUUGGAGGGUGGUGUUGGUACAAAGUUGCAGACCUCCUUAUGAAAGACGGUCAUACUGUCUCUGCCCUUGACAUGACCAGCCAAGGAAUCGACCCCACUGAUGCAGAUCACAUUUCCACAUUAGAGGAGUACAAUAAGCCUCUCACAGACUUCUUUACUGGUCUUCCUUCAAACCAUAAGGUGAUACUGGUUGGUCAUAGCGCUGGUGGCUUCAAUCUGACAUACACCAUGGAGCGCUUCCCACAUAAUAUCGUUGUUGCUGUUUUUGUUACUGCACUGAUGACCCUCAGCGGAUUAACUGCCUUUGACAGUUUGAAAGGGAUUUCUUCUGGACUUCGAAACUUUGGAGACCUCACAUAUUCCUUUGCGAAUGGAGAAGAAAAUAAACCCACAUCCGUAAAGUUUGGCAAACAAUUUUCACAAGAAUUUUUGUUACAGAACACACCCUCUUCGGAUAUUUGUUUGACCCAUUCUCUGCUGAAAAGAUCUCCUUACUGGGAAGGAGUUGUUUCCUACACAAAGGAAAACUAUGGACGAGUUCCCCGAGCUUACAUUGUAGCCAAAGAAGAUAAAUUACUUCCGGAGGAAUUCCAGAGAAAAAUGAUCGCAGACAAUCCUCCACAAAUGGUAUAUGAGAUAGAAGGAUCAGAUCACUCUCCUUUCUUCUGCAAGCCUGAUCAACUUGCUCACAUACUCCUGCAAAUUGCCAAUAGAUGCCUAUGUAACUAAUUGCAAGUAGAUGGCUAUGUAACUAAUGACGUGCCUCAUUUUCCUUUUCUUUGCAUGUAAUCCAUAGUAAGAAUCACAAUAUUUAUAUGAUACUUACAAAUCCUGUAAAAUAUAGCCUUACCAAAUACUCGUACUUUGAA